AUGGAAUCGGAGCCAAAACCGAACGCUAACCAGCGCAGUGGAUCUUCCAAACGCAAGCGAUGGAAGGCUCUUCAGGAAAAAAUAUACCUGCGCAGUGUUCGUGAGGGUGUACCCUAUGAGAAGCUGAUGGCUGUAAGUCCGAAUUUUAAACAGCAAUAA